AUGGUUGAAACGACAUUUCGUGGAAACUAUGGCUGGGCAGACGACAUUCGUAUUAUUGGAAAUAAUUAUGCUUCCAACGAUGUGCCCAUACCUGACACAUUCCUCACCGUUGCGCCUCUGGACGCCAAACCAAUAGCCGUGCAUCCCAUUGAUUUCUCUGCGUCCCCAUUGCCUCAAUAUAAGAACUUUUACGCUGUGAUACUUGACAAUGUCCUUAGUCCUUCCGAAUGCACCCAAAUGAUUUCUCUAGCAGAGCAAAGUGUCGCAGAGCCUGACCCUGUUACUGGUUCCCCCUGGAAGCCUGCACUGAUAUAUCAAGGCCAGUUUUUCAAACCGCAUUGCGACGGUCCAACAAUAAAGGGAAACCAACGCACAUUUUACACUCUCCAUCUCUAUCUCAGUGAUUCCACGCAGCCAAAUGAUGAGCAUGGCCAGCUUGUUGAAGGCGCCACUACGUUCUGUUCCUCAGACGAAAAGAAACGAUUCGAUGUUAACCCCAAAGCUGGCAGCGUCCUGAUCUUCCAACAUCGCUCUUUAUAUCACUCCGGGGAUCUUGUCUUACAGGGCGUCAAGUACACAAUGAGGACUGAUAUUUACUACGAACCAGAUGAUCCGAUGGAAGAAUGAGAUUGCCAAAGUAUCGACUUUGAUUUCGAUCUACGUCGGUGACAUGGGCGGCAGAUCAAUCGUCUUCAGUCCACAAAUUUAUAGAGUCUGUCCAAAUGCUCGCCUACACGGCAAUAGAGGACCUCUUCCUCGCUUGGCUGCGAAGCUCAGCGCUACGCCUUGAUGGCGUUUU